ACUACUCACGUCUGCUGUUACUCGACUAAACACAAAACAACGAAAACUCUUCAAUUUUUGACAUGUUUUAACAAGAAAAACUCCCCUUAAACCCCCUAAAAUCCAUCAUGCCGGACAGAAUAUCCACCGUAGACUUCUUACAGGAGACAAGAGACGAUAUGUCGUCUCCAACGACGUCGAAUUUUCUGUCUUCAAUGAACGCUUGUCGAAACACGGUGAAUGAGGUGGAAGAGAGCCUCGAAAGCGACAGGAUGGUUUUAUCAAAAUUUAAAAAGUCAGUCAAAGCCUUGCAUGGAGCAGGACUAGGUCAUAUAAACAAUCAAAUAGCUGAGGCAGAGAACCUAGAAAAGCUUGGAUCACAGGCCCUGUCCAGAGAGGCGGAUACUGGAAUAGGCACAACAUUUUUAAAGUUUUCAGUUAUGUCUAAGGAAUUAUCUUCAAUCAUGAAGACAUUGUUCACAGAUUAUUACAAUAUGGUUCUUUUUCCGAUGGAUUCACUUCUAAAGGGAGACCUUAAGGAAGUAAAAGGGGAACUUAGAAAACCACUUGAAAGAGCAUUAAAAGAUUAUGAAGCUAAAAGCUUAAAAAUAGAAAAGGAGAAGAAAAAACUGGCACAAGAAGCUGGUUUGAUGAGAACUGAAGUAACAGGCAGUGAGAUGGCAGAAGAAACAGAAAAAGAACGAAGAAACUUCCAGCUUCAAAUGUGUGAAUAUUUAAUUAAAGUCAAUGAAAUCAAGGCAAAGAAAAGUGUAGAACUGGCCACCCAUCUUGUGGACUACUACCAUGCUCAAAUAAGGUAUUUUCAAGAGAGUUUGGAUGUGUUAGAUAGUCUGAAGGGAUACGUUGAAGAAUUGAUGCAUGAAUUACAUCAGCUGCGCUCAAAACAAGACGAAGACAAGAAAGAACUGAUCAACAUGAAAAAUGAACUCAAGGCGCUGUUACAAUCUGAGAAAGAGUCAACUCAAGUUAAAGGUGGCUACAGUCUACAUGGUACUCAAGGACAUAAAAUACAUGGUACACAAAGAGCAGGGUUCUUAUCGAAAAGAAGUGAAGGACUUCGUAAAAUGUGGCAAAAGAGAUAUUGUACUGUUAAAAAUGGACAGUUCACACUGGCUCACUCAACGACGAGUGAACCAACACAGACACUAAACCUUCUUGUUUGUCAAGUCAAGGAAGAAGUGGAAGGAAAGAGACGAACGUUUUCACUAGUAUCUCAUAAUCGAACAUUCUUAUUCCAAGCAGAAGAUGAUGCCGACUUAAAUGCGUGGGUGUCUGUCAUCAGUAAUAGUAGGAAAGAAGCCCUAGAGAAAGCCUUUGGAGACAAUGAUAGUGAGCCACGGGAUGGUUCAUCAUCAAUAGUACAUAAUAUCAAAGAGGUAAGUAGAG